GCCAGCGAGCGGCAGUAGGUGCUACUGUAGGGCUGGCCGAGGACAGCGGUUUUAUGCGGGCCACUUGGAGCCCCCCCAGGGUGGGUCGCUGAUAUGGAGGCUCAGCGCAGCUUCUCCCGCAAGGUGGACGUCCCGGACUACGCGCACUACUUGGUGGCCUUCUUUGUGUUCAUCAUCGGCACCUUAGGGAUAGCGGGCAAUGCCCUGGUCUUGUUCGCCUUCUGCAGUAACAAGAGGCUACGGACGCUGCCCAACUAUUUCAUUGUGAACCUGGCAGUGAGCGACUUCCUCAUGGCCAUCACGCAGUCACCCGUCUUCUUCAUCAACUGUCUGUACAAGGAGUGGGUGUUCGGAGAACUCGGGUGCAAGCUGUAUGCCUUCUGCGGGGCUCUCUUUGGGAUCACCUCCAUGAUCAGCCUGCUGGCCAUCUCACUGGAGCGCUACCUGGUGAUCACCAGGCCUCUGCAGGCGCUGCAGUGGUCAUCGAAACGGCGCACUGCACUGCUUGUCUCCCUGGUCUGGAUCUACUCACUGGCCUGGAGCCUGGCUCCUCUCCUGGGUUGGAGUUCCUAUAUUCCAGAAGGCCUAAUGACCUCCUGCACUUGGGACUAUGUCACAUCCACAUAUGCCAACAAGAGCUACACCUUGAUGCUGUGCUGCUUUGUAUUCUUCCUCCCACUGGGCAUCAUCUCCUACUGCUACUUCUUUAUGUUCCUGGCUGUCCGCAGCACCAGCAGGGACCUACAGCAGCUGGGGAUGAAGGUCAGAAAAUCCACCCUGGUCCAACAGCAGUCCAUUAGGAACGAGUGGAAGCUGGCCAAAAUUGCCUUUGUGGUCAUCAUCGUGUACGUGCUGUCUUGGUCACCCUAUGCCUGCGUCACACUCAUCGCCUGGGCUGGACACGCAGACAUCCUGACACCAUACUCCAAAACUGUUCCAGCAAUCAUCGCCAAAGCAUCAGCCAUCUACAACCCUUUCAUCUAUGCCAUCAUACACAGCAAAUAUAGGACCACCCUGGCAGACAGUGUACCAUGCCUGCACUGCCUUUCCCACCCCCCGCAGAAGGACUGCGCAUCUGCAUUCAACAGUGAGUCUUCCAUUCGAGACUCCAACAUCAGCCGACAGUCCUCCAUGUCCAGAAUGAGGCUCCGUCCCAUUUCCUCCAUGUCCACUGGAGAAACGGCGUGGAGUGACGUGGACCUCGGCUCAAGGGACAGUCGACACUCCUCCGUCAGGGGUUCCUGCAGCCCGUCCAGGGAGAGGGGGAGCAGGCCGGGUGCCCUGCAGGGAAGAACCAAAAGUAAUCUCAGCACCCUAGAGAAAGAGAGCCCCGUCCCUGCUGAAGACGCCCUGAGCAGAUGUGAGCACCAGCUGGUGCCUGACGGCAUCGCUAUGACAACCCUUCCCCUGGCUGACACUGCGAGGAUGUGGCCAUGUGAGAACGGUGGGGACCGGGACGGGACGGCAGAGGUGGGCAUUUCCAGCAGGCAUAGUAAGAAUAGGUGUGGAAAACUGAGUUAUCGUCACCUACUGUACGUGGCGGACAGCGCUGCAGACCUGGGACAAGUUUGACCCAGAAAACAGACUGAAUGUUUCCUCAGGGAGUGGGCUUGGGAUUGGGGUGGGGGUCAAAUCCAUGUGGAAACUCUUAUUUUGGGCUACACCUUCAGGUUAGUCUGCUUUUCUUUUCUUAUAACCUCCACACAAUCCCAGGACCGCAUCUGUGAAGAGGUAAAAAAUGUAGCACAGGGGUUCAGGUAUGGCUCUUGGCCUGAAUGUGUGAGUGACAGAGAGAGUGUGUUCCACUGAUGUGUGGAUGAGUG